AUGGAACCCCGAUCCCAAAUCAAUGAUCAACCCUCUCAACCACCAAAACAAGCUGCCUACGUGCAAUCCUCGAAUCCCGUCUCACACACGCCACAAGAGCAACGAGCAACCACCGAACCAGGUCGACACCACGGUGACACAGUUGGAGCAAUCAAACGCACAGCCGAGUCCCAGCCGUCAAACGAUGAAACUCGCGCUUGUCUAAGUGCACAGCAGCAGAAACACGAACAAGACAUGCACAAUGCUCCCGAGGUUGAUCUAGAAUAUGGUGUAGAGCAGCAGCCCGCGGAGGGGUAUAUUGCGGAUACUGUUCAUCGGAAGGGGAUGGGGAUGCAGCGUGCACAGGCUGGGGCGCAUGCUGGUCCUGUUGGGAGUGCGAGUGGGCCUGGUCAUCCUGGGUUUGUGGAAGCAGAUGAUUUGGCGGCGAAUUUGGGGGCGAAGAGGGUGGAACAUGAUCGGAUUCUUGGGGAUAGGAUUGGGAAGAGCCCGGUUGAACCUGAGGGGGAGGUUGCGGAGAGGGAGGCUGUUAGAAGACGUAAGUUGGAGAGGGAUGAGAAGUUGGAUGUAGAGGGGGCGGUUAAACAGGCUACUGGGGAUCCUGUGGUGGGUAAAUAG